AAUUGAAUUGCUCUUUCUUAUUAAGAGUCUUGUUUUCCACUCUCGUAAACGGAAAGUAACAGAGAAGUGCGAGAAUGGAAGGUCUGGCGAGACACGCAGCAUCGGCGACAAGCCCAAUCUCUCAUCUCCCGAACUUUUUCAGCUCCUCAGUUCAAAAAAGUCUCACUGCCUUCAGCUUUCGUCCUUCCAAAUCGCCGUCUGGAGUUUCUUCCUCUGUUACAGUGGUUAAAGCAGCAGCCCAAAGCCAAAGCUACUCGGAAUCCGCCACUUCAAGUACUGCGUCCCUGAUGAGACAGAGACGUCCUCAGAACGUCGGCGGAGAGUUCUUUGUCGACCACACAUGCAUAGAUUGUGAUACUUGCCGUUGGAUGGCUCCGGAAAUCUACACACGAGUUGGUGACAUGUCAGCAGUCUCCAAGCAGCCAAGUUGUGAAGAAGAACGGCUAAAGGCUCUUCAGGCCUUACUUUCCUGUCCCACAAGCUCAAUCCACACAGAGAAACCUGCUCGUGAUAUUCUAGAAGUUCAGAAGACAUUUCCAAUUCCAAUUAAUGAGCAGAGAAUUCCGGGUGUAUAUCACUGUGGUUAUCACUCCGAGAAAUCAUAUGGAGCAGCUUCCUAUUUGAUUGUUCAUCCUGAAGGAAAUAUUCUUGUAGACAGUCCUAGAUACACGGAGAGACUGGCACGUAAUAUUGAGAUGAUGGGUGGUGCUCGGUACAUGUUUCUCACACACAGGGAUGAUGUUGCGGAUCAGGAUAAGUGGUCAAAGCGGUUAAGCUGUCACAGAAUUCUCCACUCACAAGAUGUAGAUUCUUCCACAGCUGAUGUAGAGACUAAGCUAGAGGGAAGUGGCCCAUGGAACCUUGGUGAUGACAUCAAACUAAUACACACUCCAGGCCACACAGCAGGAUCAGUCUGCUUGUUUCAUGAGUCACUUAAGGUGCUAUUCACUGGGGACCAUCUGACGAUGGAUGAGUCCGGGCUAAGCAUUAUGGACGGAUACAAUUGGUUUUCAGUACCAAUGCAAUUGAACAGUGUCAGGGUGUUGCUUGGAUUGGAUUUUGAGUGGAUAUUACCAGGUCAUAGAAGGAGAGUUGAAUUCAAGAAUGUUGAGGAGAAGAAUUUAAUUUUGGAAACCUUCAUAGCUUCCAAAAUGCAGAAGGCUUAAAACUGCAGCUGUUGUCCUUGCCUAUUAAUGCGUUGCAGAAAUGUGUGUACAGUCUCUUAUGUUGUGAAGUUAUACGUUGUUGAAGAAGAAAUCAAUCAUAAUGCUUAUUAUCUUCAUGUAACAAUCUGCAGUCUGCCUGAGUUUUUGCUGAAUUUUAUUUGUUGGAAACGAAACACAAUUGAACUUUUAUCCGAAAAAUUAUAGCACAAAUCACUAGAACCAGAGUCAUAGGGCACUUUUUGUUUUUCCUUUAAGUCCAAGGAUGACCCCUAUGUUUUUUUUGGUGGAGACCACAAUUCUCCUUAAUUGGCGAGAGUAUAUACAAUUUAUUCUAUUGAGUAUUACAUCACUUUAAUACUCAAUAAACUACCCCGAUUUCCAUGGUCGAUGGUCAUAAAAUGGCGAUAGAAGCACCAAAAGCUGCGGUAGAAUUUAUUUUCCGGGAAAAAAAAGAAAAUGAUUGGUGAAAUUGACCGCAUAAAUUUACCUGGUGAGCUUCUUUUUGUUGCAGUAUGUCUUUCACUUCAACUGUUGUUGGACAAGGAAUAUGUUAU